AAUAAAAAUACAAAAUAUAAAAUAUACAAAAUAGAAUAUGAUUUACUCAAAGUGUAAAGUGUAAACAAGAGUAAAGGGACUAUUGAAGUAAAAGUUAUGUAUACUUGCACAUUUCUAUACAUUCUCACAAAGCAUAUCAGAGCAGCACAGACAGCUAAAACAAGCAAAGCUAUAUAUGUCUCUGUAUGUUGACCAUGUAAUAUUUUCUUUUAGAUGUAUUAUUUCAUUUACAUUGCUUACCACACAUUUCUGAAAUGUCAGCGAUGGUUAAAUGAAGUGUAUGAACAUAAUGUCAGUUUUUGUUUACUUCAGUAACGCACAGAAAGUGAUGAAACUUCCUGUGGGAUGUCUUAACUACAGCACAGGGUGUGAAAGAAAGAGAAUGUUGCACAGAAAUGAGUAGAAACUGUGUAGCAGCAUACACAGGAGUAUAAUACUGAACUCAAGAACAAAACUCAUCUGCUUAUGUGUGGAUCAUCCACCAAACCAAAUAGUCUUCUGUUCAAACACAGAAAUGGAGAUGUCUGAGAACAUUUAUAACAAUGAUCCUGUUAAAGAAGAGCAAAUGGAAGAAACAGACUUUAACACACCUGGAGUAGGCGAUGAGAUGGUGGAGAGGGUAGUUGAUAUUUAUGAAAGCACAGACUUUUACCGAGGUCAUGAAGCUGAAACCAAGAGCGCAGUGCAUCAGCAGCCAGGCAGGACUUUGCUCAGAGCUGUGAUUGUGUGCCUGGUGCUGCUCUGUGUUCUCCUCCUGGCUGGCGUCAUCGGCACUGGACUCUACUGUGAGAAAUUCACAUCCAAACUGCAGACCCAAAGCGAGGACUCGGCUGAAAAGAGGAAACAGGCUUUACUUGAACUCCUUUCACUUUCAGAUCGUUUCUGUAAGGAUGGAUGCACAUCAUUCAACAACAGUUUUUACUACAUUUCUUCUAAAUACAAGAGCUGGGACGACAGCAGACAGGACUGCAAAGACAGAGAGGCAGAUCUAGUCAUUAUAAACAGCAAAGAAGAGCAGGCAUUCAUCAAUUCCUUACAAAAACAUGUCUGGAUUGGUCUGACUGACAGAGAAGAACAGGACACAUGGAGAUGGGUCGAUGGUUCAGUUCUGAACAGCACAGGGUUUUGGGGCCAAGAUCAACCCAGUAAGACAUUUGAAGGAAAGCCUGAGGAGUGUGUCACCAUCCUCUGGUUCUUAAAGGAGAGUAGCUGGAAUGAUGAUAACUGUAUCUCACCACAUUUGUGGAUCUGUGAAAAAAAUGACUUUCUAAUAAGGAUAAGCACCGCAUUACAAGAGUGACUUCUUCCUCUCCACUGGGGGAGGAGGUGAGGGUGAGCAGCAUAGCAACAUUUGCAAGGUGUACGACUUAGAUUGAUCUUUUGAUCUUUGUGUUUUAAGUUUGAUUUUUAUUUUAAACACAUAUAUAAUCCUUUGUGCCUUUUAAUUUAACACAUAUAUAAUUCUUUGGCGUUCCAGUGAUUCUCAUCUUAACACAUAUAUAAUCCUUAUUUUAACACAUAUAUAUAACUCUUUGGCUUUCGAGUCAUUCUUAUCUUCACACAUAUAUAAUACUUAUUUUGACACAUAUAUAGUUUGAAGUAGAGGGGCAAGGGAACAGAGAACACAUUAUUAUGUAUGAUGUAGGCACAAGACUGCACAGAUAAAGUUUGGUUUGACAUAAUCAUUUUUGUAAUGAGCAUUAUGGUAAGAAGUGUGAACCAAGCAAAAGUAUGUGGUAGUCAAGAUGUGUAGUGAACACUGUAACAUUUCUGAUGUCUAAGUAGCACGUAGUGAAUGUAGUAACACUUUUACAGCAGGAAUGUGUUUUAAAAAAUGCAGUAGAAACCAUAUAUGGUUUAAUGGUGUAACAAAAAUGAGAAUAGUGGGUGCUAGACAAAAAACAUAGGCAAAGCAAGCGGGCCUCUAAUGAGGUUAUCUUGAAAGAAGCUCAGUAAAGGAGAGAGGCAUUUUGAAGAUAGUAGUGUAGUGAGGCCUGCAGCCUGUCAAUCAUACCGGAAGACAGGCACAAGGCCUGACUGUGCAGGAGUGGCGCAGGUCGAACAGUGUGAGAAACUGACGUUACAAAACAGGCAUAGUAAAACGACAGGGUGAUAAGGCCUGACAAAUUUAGAUGCCAUGAAGGAGGAAAAGGGAAAAGUUUCACGGAGGCACCUGAGAGAUGCACCAUUAUGUCAUAGAUGGAAGAUAAAAAAUGGGCUGAUUUUAUGCCAUGGGUGCAUACCUUCUGAGGGUAUUAAAGGAGAUGUUUGGGGACAGACAGAUCAGUCAAUCCAUGGGAGACUCAGGCUUUGUUUGUCUGUGAAGAUAAUAAAGCUCAUCUACAGCCAA